GCCUCUGUGGUUCGUGCGUGUGCGCGCGCCUGUGAACAAUAAUCGGAUGCGCACUUUAAUUGCAUUGAAGCCAUGUUUCGUUACUCUUCUUGUUAAUCAGGCUUUUAAGGACCCCUCCUAACUGCAUACAAAAACGCUGAGUCACGCAAAUGAACCCACGGAGGCUGUAGACUGGCCCUCACGCGCGUGGAUGCGUGAGGAGCUCCCCUCCACAGGGUGGCACGGUUUCACUUUGCAGGAGACGUGAUGACUGAUGAUGGCAGACAGUGAUUCCCCCACGGGAGGCGCUGACUGUGGAGGGACGCCCCUGCACCAGGAGAGAGGUGUGGGCUUGUCAGGGCCCCACGAGCCAAAGCGGGAAGUCAAAACAAAUGGUCCGUGUACAGAUUUGUCUCGUGAGCUGCACUGUGAAAGCACAAGCGCACUGGCAGAUAAUGAAAGCUCACUCCUGAAGCGAAUGUUCCAGGCAUCACUUCACUUGGCCGACAUCUGACAGAACUAAUUCAGCCUCAUGUUCUGCUGCGUCGCCUUCACAGAUGUUCAGCGUCUGUGACUUGAGAGCAGUUCAGCCAAAGUGACCCUUCUCCACAGGCGGCCGCCAUGAAACCCUCCUGCAACGUCCUGACACACGCUGCUUCGACCGCAUAAGCGCGAAAUAUGGCACGUGGAUGGAAGGAACAAAGCCUCACACAACUAAUUGGUCGUAGGAACCCUCACUGUCGAUGUCUCCGCCACAGUGGCAGGCUGCUCCACUGCUGUCAUCGUUGGCCCGGUGCUGGUCAGCGCUGGAACCGGUCCCUGACAUAAUUGGCGUGGAGGGACCGUACAUUUAUAAUAAGUUAGCCUCCCUCUCCUCCACGCUCUGGAAUCCCUUUCUUUUAACGGAGUUUCACACUUGUGCCAUCGCUGAGAUCGGUGCGUUCCCUCCUCGGCUUCUUCUUCUUCUUCUUCUUCUUCACCGCCGCCCUAUGACUGUGCGAAAAGGAAAAGGCAUCUCCAUCCAGGAGCACAUGGCCAUUAACGUCUGUCCAGGCCCCAUCCGCCCCAUCCGUCAGAUUUCCGCCUACUUCCCCCGCCUCUCGCCCACCUCCUCCUUCUCGGAGCCGCUCUCGCCCAAUCAGGCGGCGGCUCCCACCGCGCUCAGCCCCGGCGCGGGUCAGGGCGGCGGGGUCGCCGGCGGGGCGGGGGGGGGCGGCAGCCCCGGGCUGCUGUCGCCGCUGCUGCCGGGGGCGGCGGGCGGCGGCGGCGGAGGCUCGCUGUCGGCCAUGAGCAGCGUGGACACCUCCAUCGAGAUCGACAGCUGUGACAGCGACGAUAACACCUCCCUGGGGACGCUGGAGUUCGACCUGCUGUAUGAGAGGGAAACCAGCUCCUUACACUGCACCGUCCUGAAGGCGAAGGGCCUGAAGCCGAUGGACUUCAACGGUCUGGCCGAUCCGUACGUGAAGCUGCACCUUCUGCCGGGCGCCUGCAAGGCCAACAAAUUGAAAACCAAGACUGUUCGCAACACGCUGAACCCCGUGUGGAACGAGACGCUCACCUACUGUGGGAUCACGGAGGAAGAUAUGUACCGCAAAACACUCCGGGUGUCCGUGUGUGACGAAGACAAGCUGACACAUAAUGAGUUCAUUGGGGAAUCGCGGGUGGCCCUGCGCCGUGUGAAGCCUGACCAGACCAAACACUUUAACAUCUGUCUGGAGCAUCCACCUCCUCUACCGUCGCCCACCGCGAUGAGCACGGCCCUGAGAGGAAUCUCCUGCUACCUGAGAGAGUGGGAAACCGAGCAGCAGAGGAGCCUGGAGGAGAGAGGCCGCCUGCUGCUCUGCCUGCAGUACCUCCCCCCGGCCACAGAGGGCGACGUGAAGGAGGCCAAGGAGCGGGCCCGCGGGGGGCUGUGCGUGGGCGUGAGGCGCUGCGCCCACCUGGCGGCGAUGGACGUGAACGGUUACUCCGACCCCUACGUUAAAACGUACCUCAAGCCAGACGUCCACAAGAAAUCCAAGCACAAAACGGCAGUCAUAAAAAAGACCCUCAACCCUGAGUUUAACGAGGAGUUCUUCUAUGAAAUCUCCUUCUCAGAGUUGGCCACCAAGACCCUGGAAGUGACCGUGUGGGACUACGACCUGGGCAAGUCCAACGACUUCAUAGGGGGCGUGUCCUUGGGCUGUCACUCACAGGGAGAGACUCUCCAGCACUGGAUAGACUGCCUGAAGAACAAGGGCAAGAAGGUGGAGCGCUGGCACACACUGACCAACGAGCUGCCCGGCUCCAGCCUGCAGGAGUGAACUGAACCUUCGGCCACUGUGCCGACGGGCCGGAGACGGGGCCGGAGACGGGGCCGAAGACGUUUCCUCGCAUGCUCUGGGGACUUUCUGCAUGGCUAUGACGGAUUCAUAUCCUUCUUACUUUGUGUCAUAAAUGAGUUCAUAACAGCAAGCCCAAAGGAAUCACAUUCGCAGAUCAAAAGUCUAAUCUUAGAUCUGAGGAGACCUGAUGCAAGUAUGGGAACGCUUCCCACCUCAAAGCAAUGCGUGACCAAAUUCUUAUAAUCAGAUUUAUAGGAAUCUGUGUCUCUGCUGUGGUUUUAAGCAGUUUAAAUCCUUAUCUGUUAAUUUAAGAAUAAAUUCAGCGGAAACGAGGAGAGGCCUUUUUCGGAUUCUAUGGCUCUGCGUUAGGUUUGUUUCCUCUUAUUAAAUUUGACCCCUUCAUUUAACUGCUGACAGUGAAACUCCUCGGCCCACGUACCUCCCUCUCCCUCGCAAUAAUGUUUCGCCUGAUGCUUCCGAAGAUUUCCAAGUGGUCUUAAUAUCGUCAGAUGUUUUGUAUCUAUUGAUCUGAUUGCCACUGGAUUGCCUGCAGACAUGAUGAUAUAAUUGGUUCUUCCACGUUGAUGGUUUGUGUGAGCUAUUUGCAUGCUUGCUGUUGACGCUGCCAGGCUCCGCUGCAGGCUGAAAUGUUCAUCAUUGUGUUGUUCCCAAUUCUCCCGAGACGUUUCCAUUUAAUUUGGACUAACCUUUUCUUAUGUUGUUCACAGGUGUUUGAUGUGUCAGCUCUGAUAUCAGUGUAACAGUUUCUUGUUGAUGACAAAUUGGUGUUGACCUCGUUUCGCCUCACACCAGCGGUGUAACGGGAACGUUUCAGGACAUCAUGUUUUCAUGGAGCUCUGUGGUCACACGGUGAACAAAAUCAUCCGCUUUUGUUUAGCAUCAGAUUUACAGACAUGAAUGGCGUGAAGAGCACAGUGUGGUCUAAUAACUCUCCGUGGCUGCUGCUUUACUGUGGACUGCAUUAACCAAGCUGCAGGUUCUAUCUGUGCUCAGUCUCACGUGGUAAACGAGGCAAAGCUCAAAAUGCUAAUGUAAAUAUUUAUGGUGUUUUACUUGCUUUGAAUGUUUGUCUUUUAGAACAUACAGUGUGCAUGAUUGUUUCUUUUUUAUAUAUAUAUGUAUAUAUAUAAAACAUGCUGAUUUAC